GGCAUUUUCGAAGUUAUUGUAACAAAUAAGGGCGAACUUCCACACACCAACUAGCCGUCAGCUAUUAGACCCAAAACCCUUCACAAAAUUUUCGACUAAUUCUCACUUUCCUGGCAUCUCAAAAUUCCUCUUUUUCUCCGGCGAUCAUUCGCCGGCCUCCGCCGUCGUCGACAGCCAAAUCCUUCCCGUUUCCGAUAAAUUAGUUGGCGAAACCCUAAGCUUUACCCGAUUUCCCCAAAUCACCGUUCAAUUUUGAUCCCAAUUCCGUUGACCUAACUUUCCAAUUCACCGAUUUGUCCUCCGAUUCACUGAUUUUGUCAAUUCCGAUGGCAUUUCUUCGCUCCUUGUAAGGUUUUUACAUCUCUCUACGUUAAUUUCCGAACACACUAUUCUCUACAUCUUGCUUAGUUUAUUACAAUUUGUUGUUAUGGCGAUCCGGUUCACUGUUACCUAUUCCGGCUACCUAGCCCAAAACAUAGCUUCAUCGGCUCCUACGAAAGUAGUUGGUUGCCGGUUUUUUCAUGAAUGUAGUAGUGUUCGGUCUCGAAUUUUCCAUCCACCAUGGGCCAAACCCGACCCGAAUCACUCUGAUAUUCGCCGGUCUAAACCGAAACCACGGCCGGUGAGUAGCGCGUACUCUUCCCGGGAUUUUUCGUCGUCGAGCUCAAUUUGUUCUUCGGUUGCUGCUGAACUUAUUGGGGGAAGCUCGAAAUCUCCUUUGAUUGUUGGAUUGAUUUCACUAAUGAAGCCUUCUUGUGGGACUUCUCCAAUGAAUGUUUUGGGGAUUUCGCCCCUGAAAGCGUCGUCGUUUCUUCCAUUUUUACCGGGAUCGAGAUGGCUUCCUUGUAAUGAGCCUAGUGGUACUGUUUCCUCGGCGAGUGCCGAGGUGGAUAAAGGUGGGACUGAUAAAGGUGGGAUUGACACUAAAUGUAGUGAAAAGUUUGUUGUUCGAUCAUCAGAGUCAUUGUCGAGUGAAUUGAAGGCUUCUAAGACCCGUUGGAUGUCAAAGUUACUGAACAUAUGCUCUGAUGAUGCAAAGGCUGCUUUUACUGCUUUGAGUGUUAGCAUAAUGUUUAAGUCAUCUUUGGCGGAGCCAAGAUCAAUUCCAUCUGCUUCAAUGUCGCCCACUCUCGAUAAGGGUGAUCGUAUAAUGGCUGAAAAGGUUUCAUAUAUUUUUCGGAACCCUGAAGUUUCAGAUAUAGUGAUAUUUAGAGCACCACCAAUCCUUCAGCAUAUUUUUGGUUGUAGUGCUGGAGAUGUCUUCAUUAAAAGAAUUGUUGCAUUAGCUGGGGAUUUGGUUGAAGUGCGUGAGGGUAAACUGUUUGUGAAUGAUGUUGCUCAAGAUGAAGAUUUCAUUUUAGAGCCCCUUGCCUAUGAAAUGAAACCAGUGCUUGUUCCUGAAGGCUGUGUGUUCGUGAUGGGGGACAAUCGUAAUAACAGUUUUGAUUCUCAUAUGUGGGGUCCACUUCCCAUUGAAUAUAUUCUUGGUAGGUCAGUAUUCAGAUAUUGGCCCCCAUCCAGGGUGUCAGACACCCUUCAUGGCUCAGUAAUGGAGAAGAGGGUAGUUGCAUUUUCUUGACCCGUUCUGGAGGGGAGGUGUUAAACUGACUUCUUUCAUCUCUUAUAUUCUUUUACUGAUCAUUUUCUGCCUUUUGGCUCAUGGGAUCAGCUGUAUAUCGAUCCACAAUUGAACAGCUUUGAGGAUGGAUUAUCUUAAUCCCCGUGUUAUUAUUUUUCUCAAGGGCCCUAUAUUGGGUUUUUUUGCAAUUAUAUGUAGUGGGAAGUCUCAGAGAUGAGCUUGAUCAUUGGAAUUAGCGACACCGUUGACAUGAUCUGAAUAACUGGAACAGUUUCCUUUUCUCUUAAACUGUGGGAGCGGAGAACCAGACUAGGGGACGCAUUCGUGUCCGUGUCAACCCAGCAAAGUUUCAGCUGUUAAUCGUGACACUAUUCUGAGGCUGAACAUGUUUAAUAUUUGCUUGUAUGCCUGCUGAAUGUAGUGAAUUUUGAAGUAUUUCCUCCAUGUAACAAUUUCCUCCUCUGUGUUUAAUGUUUAUGAACCUACAAGUGCACAACUUUAAGAUUGUGGAAUAUAUUGGUUUGAAUUGGGAGGGCAAUUAGCCUCAAGAUUGACCAUCCUUUUGAGAUCGA